AUGGCGAUUAUACUCCCGUCGCUGCCGCGGUCUCCCCUUCUCCUCCUCCUGCUCGCGCUGGUGCUGCUCUCGUCGGCGCGCCUCCCCGCGCGCGCAGAGGAGACGUGCUCCGCCUCCGCGCCGUGCGCCAACAACCUCUGCUGCAGCAAGUGGGGCUGGUGUGGCUCCACCGUCGAUCACUGCGGCGCUGGCUGCCAGUCUGGGCCCUGCGCGGAAAGCACCUCCGCCUCUCCCCCUUCCCCGCAGAGCAGCUCCCCUGCUCCCGCGCCCAGCUCCCCCCCGUUUCCGCCUCCGUCCGGUUCCCCUCCGCCCGUGACUGAUUCCCCUCCUCCCCCAUCCCCCUCCCCUUCUCCGCCGUCCGCUUCUCCGCCCGCCCCGUCCGCCUCACCACCCGCCCCAACCGGCUCCGCUCCCCCCCCAACCGGCUCCGCUCCCCCCCCAACCAGCUCCGCUCCCCCCCCAACCGGCUCCCCUCCCCCAUCUACUGGGCUGAAUCGGAUGGCGUAUUUCAACAACACGGCGGGCAUGGACCCAUCCCUCAUCCCUGCUACCAACCUCACGCAUGUCUUCUACUACUUUGCUUCCAUCGACGCAACCACAUACAAGGUCGUCCCUUCCAACCCUGCAGUGGACGUUACCCAGAACCUCUAUCUGCGCUUCAACUCCGCUCUAAAGGCCGCCAACCCCGCCAUCAAAACCCUUCUCUCCAUCGGUGAACCUUCCGAUGGCAACACCACUUUCGCCAACGCCGCCUCUUCCACCUCCUCUCGUUCCGCCUUCAUCGAAUCAGCAAUCACCCUCGCUCGCACGUACAAUUUUGACGGUCUGGAUGUCGCCUGGGGAUACCCAGAGGGCAACGCCGCCCUUUUCUCCGCCCUGCUCACAGAUUUCCGAGCGGCGAUCGAAUCCGAAACCGCUUUGUCUGGGAAACCCAAGCUCCUGCUGAGUGCGGUGGUUUCUGAUUCGCCGGAUAUUAUCCGGGCAUACGACGUCCCAACGCUUAACAAAACACUGGACUUUGUUAAUGUUGUGACUUACGAUCUGCAUGGGCCGUGGGAGGCAAAGACCGGCAUGCACACUGCUCUGGAGGAUUUGAGCGACCCGCAGCUGAGCCUCAAGGGUGCCAUGGCUGCCUGGGUGUCCCGAGGCUUGGACCGAAGCAAGGCCAUGCUAGGCUUGGCAAUGUACGGCAACACCUGGACUCUUGCUUCGACAAGCAGCACUGGGGUUGGUGCUGCCGCCACUGGGGCUGGUCAGGCUGGGUCUAUCAGUCAGGAACCUGGUAUCCUCUUUUACAAGGAAAUCGAUCAGCUGGUAACCACUGGAGGUUACACAGCUACGCUCGACGCCCCAACAUCCUCUAUGUAUGCAGUGAAGGGUGACCAGUGGGUUGGUUACGACGACCCUUCCACCAUCACCACCAAGGUUCAGUUUGCCAAGGCGCAAGGCUAUGGAGGGUGGUUCUUCUGGGCACUGGGCCAGGAUGCCAACAAUGCUCUGCUCAAUGCUGCAGCAGCAGCAGCUGCAUGA